CAGUGUCUUGUUUGUGUACUACAUGGUUCCAGUUUUCAAAUUGGAAUUUUGCCAGCUGAUUCUCCAUAGACAAGACUUCAAUGGGUUUAUCAUAUAUCACAUGUUUUCUGUGGCUCUAGCUGUCUGCCUCCCUCAGAUGUCAGGGGUGCCAGCUGCAUGCUUUCUGAUGUAAUGGUGAAACAAAAUCUCAGGGGCUUGUACAUGUAACUUCUCCAUGACAUGCUGAUAUGGUGAUCAUCUGCUGCUAGAAUACUUACUGCCUUGAACAAACUUAAAACAUGGCUGAGUUAAAAGACGAACUCUUUCUCGAUCUUCUCACCAAGGAGGAGCGAGAGGCUCUCCUCAACAAGAAAAUGGAGGAAAUUAGGAAAAAGAACGAUGCUCUCCGGAGACGGCACCAGGAAAUUGAGGCCGACAAGAAGUAUGCUGCCAAGUUGAAGGUCAGCGCGGAAGAGCAUUCCAAUGUCAAGGACAACUAUCGACCACAAAAGACUCCAUCGCCCAGAAAGGACAUAAUGCCUUCGACUGGCGAAGACAAAAAAGCUCGGGUUUCGAAGUCAGGUGGUCGAGGCAGAGGCAAAGUUAAAAAAGAGGAUCCUGUUGAUCACCGAGGCGACUUUCGGGUGAUUCAGUGGGAGUUCAAGAACAGUGCCAUCCAAGAUAAGGACAACGAGGACUUCCCUCAGAGGACACCACCCAGAACGUUUCAUAAAUCGCCAAACACUUCAGGUCAGAGGAAGAGGCCACACCAAAAGAAGACGAAUAAUGAAAACCGAUUUAGCUUUCCGCAACUGCGUCAGGACAUGCCUCGUGUUGAUGAUGAGGGUGACGAUGAUGACGAAGUGUGGGAGCCAAGCAGACGCGGCGAUGUCGACCACAGGCAGAUGAGCUGUCAGGGUGACGCAGAUCACAGGAAUCGGUGGAAGUCUCACGAUACGAGACACGAUCAGUUUUCGAAUUCUUCUCCUGCCCCACAUGGUAGAGGCAGGCUGCAGGAGUUAUCUCAAGAUGGCAGUGGUCCUCCUCCAGACCCCACCUAUAACUUCCUCUUGGACAGGCGUCGAGAAUCGUCCAACCAGGAACCCAGAGAGUCGACAAGGAAAGAAUCAAGAAGACAUCCCAAAAACUUCGGAGGUCAAGAUUUUGGGAAUGUUCCUGCUCAGAUGAGAGAGAGAAAAGAAAGACAAGAAAGGCCAAAGUCUGGUCCUCCAAGAACGAAGAUGGAAAUGUCCCUGGCAAUGACUGGACGGGAGCGACUGGAGUACACCCACUGGAAGGAAGAGCGCGAACGCAUCGACAGUGAGAGACUAGCACGACAGAAAUCUCAAACUGGAGAAUGGCGCAGAGCUUGGGAUGCUGAAAAAAAUCAGCAGGAUUUCGAUGAAGCUUCCAGUAAUCAAAGAACAGAGCCAGCAAAACGUCCAGCUGGUCGAAUUGGUAGUGGUAGAUUUGACCGAGGCGAACGCGAUGAACGCCACCGGGUCGAGACCCCAGGUCGGCAGAAAGCAGGUGUCAAAAUAGAAGAUCAGCUCCCACCAAAACCUGGUCGAGGUCGUGCAAGGGGUCGUGGAAGGGGCCGAGGAAGAGGCUCCCCACGCCCAAGAACAUUUUCAGGAGGAGACGAAACCCGCAAGGUCGAAUGUCAGAAGGAUCUACUGGUUGUCAAGAUUGACAACUCGGGGAAAGAACACGAUACUUCUGUGGAAGUAGAAUACUGGGAUGAUGACUUGCUGGAGGUCAAGUCAGUGGGAAGGACUCCUCCUGGAGGCUCACAAGCUCCAGCUUCCCGGACACCCAAACUACCUGAAACUAAUAGUCAUGUUAAGUCCAGCCAUGCACCUACUACCACACCUGUGGUCAAGGACCAGUUUAUUGACUCCGUGGAUGAUCUGAGCAGGAAGCGGACUGACAGCCAAAGUCUGAGCUUAAGUGCUGGGGACGACCACGACCAUGAUGAAUCAUGGGAAGACUGUCCAGACAGUUCAGAAUUUUAUGGAACCACUGAUGACGAAAGCAAGAGCCAGUCGAGUCACAAAGACUUUAAGAGCAACAAGGUCAAGGAUCAUCAGCUAAAGCUGAAUACAAGGUUAAAUCCUGAUGCUGCCGAAUUUCAGCCAUCACCUCCUGAUGUGGGAGUGGGCGAAUUUUUGCCAACGUCGCCAGACUUCAUGAAGACGCCUCCAGGCCAUGUAAAAGUGAUGGACUGGGUGUCAGAAGUGACAGACAACCUGAGUCCUACCUCGCCUCCACCAAUGGAAGGCUAUGCUAUCAAGAAGGAAUUGCUGCAGAAGAACUGUCAGGCGACUUUGUUCAAGGAGAAAAUACAUCAGGAUGACGUGACCAAACAGAGCUCUUCUGUUGAAGGAGUUACAAAGAUGGAAUCACAUACUUCUUCAAAUGGGCAGGAACAGACAGAAGGUGUAUGUGAAGAAGAAGGUGAUGAAUUAUUUGAAAUAGCCCCUGAACAUGGAGAAGGCACCAGCGAUGCUCCAUCAACAAGAAUUGCAGAUGCUGUUGAAGCUCCAUCUGGUACAGAUCCAGAACUUAAUAAAGACAGCAGAAUACUCACUGAGGAAAACACUGGGGAAAAAUCCAUGGAGGACAAUCAGAAUACAGAGAAUCCACAGUGUGACUCAGAAGGUACAAAGGAUGUUAGUGUUGAAGAAACUGACACAUCUGAUGUACCAGAUGCCAAAUGUAACAACUUGCAGGAACAAGUUGAACAACCUGUCCAGAGCACACAACUAGUCCAAGAUGCUACACAAGACAGUGUAGCUAUCAAAGAAAAAGAUGUGAAUGAACUUUCUGCUAACAGUGUACAGAAAGACAAUACUCUGUCUGAUGUUGAUGAAUGCAGUGAUCAACCAGAACAGGGUAAAGUUGAGGACUCUGUGGAUGUAGAAAACAAAGAUGAUGAUGACGAAUCAUCUAAACAGGCAGUGCCUUCUCCUAACACAUCUAAAGAAGAUACAAGCGUUGCAUCUUCAGAUAAAAAAGAAGGUGAGGCAGAAAGUAAACAAGAUACUGUCGUUAAAGAAGACAGUACAUCGGAGAAAUCCGACACUAAUGAUGAUCAAGUGUCUGAAUCUACAGUUCCCAAAAAUAUAGCAGAUGAAUCAGCCAUGGAACAGAAGAGUUCUGAUGAAGCUGAAGGUCCUCAUCGAGAGCCUUCCACCACUGAUGACCACCGACCUGCAGCAGAAAGUCCACCUUCUUCUUGAUCAUCUGAUGGCGGUCAAUGAGAAAGUGGUCUUCUUGCGAAACCUUUUUUUCGGCAAAACAUGCACCUAUCCCAAACAUCAACCUUCAUACUUUUCAUCUCAUACCCUGGACGACACUUUGACAAUUUGUGAGCCGGUGUGCAAUGUUUUAUGUGCUGAGGCAUUUAGUAUUUGUAUUUGAUGCAGUUUGUGUGUAGAGUUCCCCACUGUAACACACAGUAACUAUGCAGCAUUUCAGAUUUUAUAUCAGAUUUGUUGGCAAUGUUUUAAUAGUGACAUUGACAAGCAUAUCUCGUGUGUUUUACAACAGCAAAAUGUUUUAUGCAAUUCAGACUUUGCUGUUUUUCAGUUGGAUAUUUCGGAUAGUGAAUAACACAAAAAUAGCAUAAUGUUGUAUUUAUUCGCAAGAUAGCUUACAAUGUAAGAAGACUUUAUUUUGGAGUUGUCUUUCACUUGUGACAAUCGUGGGCAAGAAAAUAAACUCAUUCUCUUUGUAUUAAUGUUUGAAGCCAGUUUAGUGUGUGAAAUUGUUUGCAGUGAUAAAGAAUAGGUCAAAAGAUAUACUGCCAAAAAGAAGGAAGGGUCCCAAGUCUUCUUAAGAAGCUUCGAUGGUGCAGUAGUUAGUGCUGUGGGAAGUGCAUAUAAAAGAUCCUUGGCUGCCAAUAGAAAAAAGUAGCAGAUUUUGUCUAGGACUAUAUGUCAGAAUUACCAAUUGUUUGACAUCCAAUAUAGCCGAUGAUUAACAAAUCAGUCUGCUCUAUGGUGUCAUAAAACAAAACAAGCUUUUUUUUUUUUUACUGGGUUCAUAUCCCAGUAUGUCUCCAAUUCAAACAAAUUACACAAUCCAACAUGGAGGUAUAAUAUAUGUACUGAACACCAACCUUAGUCCUGAACAGACAAUCCAGAUAGGAUGUGUGUGUGUACCCAGGACAUUGUGCUUGAAUCUCAGUUGAAUAUACUUCUGUAACAAGCAGGGGGAAAAAAGGCCCAGGGCCCGUGCUCAUAAAACUUUAAUUAAAGUCCAGACUCAAUCUCUAAUGACGUCACACCCAUACAAUUUGUAUGGUGUUGUCAUGAAUUUAAUGUCUCAUACUCAAUCUCUAAUGACGUCACACCCAUACAAUUUGUAUGGCGUUGUCAUGACAAUAAUGUCUCAGACUCAUUGAGAGUCUCGAGUCUAGACUCUAAACCUUUUAUAAGCACCAAGCCAGCAGGUAAAACAAUAUUAAAUUUUGAUUUGAUGCUGUUACACCAUAGAUACACUUGCCUCCAUUACACUGGAAUCUGUGCUUAUAAAACAGUGACGUCUAUACUCAAAGACUUGAAGACAGUCUUAACAUUACAAGCAGUAUCUAGACUUACUAAAGUCUGGACUUUUAAAGUGUUAUAAACACAGGUCUUGGUUUCAUGUUUGAUUGCUGCAAUAUCAUAUAUUUUGACUGAUUUUACAACCCAAAGUACUAUUGGUAUUUAUAAUGUAUUUAAUUUUAUAGUUGUUUUCACUGAAAUAUGAAUGUAAAUAGAUCCAUUUGUGUCAACCGUAAGUGCCUUUAUAGAUGUUUUAAUGAACUGUCUUGACGACAAAUUGUUGGGACUGUUCUCAGGUUUAUGCAGUUAAACGAAAGGUUUAGCGUUCAAACUGCAUUCACACAGUAAGUGCAUAUAUGUAGCCCUUCUCGCAAACUGCUUUGUCUUCAGAACACGUUCGUAUGUGUGGGAGUUUUUCUCAAAAUGUUUUGUUUGAAUAAUUGUUAAUGAUAUGUGCUGAGUGCUUGAAUGUUUUAUGCUUCAGAAUAUUGCCUUUCUUUACAAAGGUAAUUAUCGUGUGAUCUUUUCCUUUUACUGGAAGUGAAUGUGUAAAAAAAAUUUAAACUCUGUGUAGCUUACCUUAACUUAUUGAUUUUGGUUCAGUAAUUUAAGGCUAUAAGUUUAUAUUAAUUUUACUUCUACAUAAUAUGUGAAUCACUAUACAUCAUCAAACAUGUCAUUUAUUACCAUAUAUAUCGCUGUGUAUAAGCAGUGAAAGUAUGACUGACAAAGAAUUGGGGAAAUAAAAAGUAAAGUUACACGUGUAUUUUCUUCAAACAUAUUCAUGUAUCAGAUUUCGGAUCAAAGCCUUUUGAAAUAAGCAGCAUGUUACUGACAAUAAACAUUCAAACAAAUAUGUGGUUUAAACAUCAUUUAUUUCAAAGAGAAGUGGAUUGACAAACAGGCCACUGGCCCAUAUUUAUGUGUUUUGAACAAACAUGUAGGACCUAAUGUAGCCCUUAACAAAUGAGUAAUUGUAUUAUAUAUAGAGGCUAUUUCAUGGGUUUUUCCAAAUAAGAUUUUUAUGUCGGCGAAUAAUAUGUGAAAACCAUAUUUUCACAAAUUGAGAAGCAGUGAGUUAAAAUAUGGUUUUCACUCAUCACGAGUUGAUAUAAAAAUCGUAUUCGAGAAAACAACAUGAAAUUAUCUAUUUAUUAUAUACAUGUUUCCUAAUUUUUGACAAUAUCUUUUGCUUUUUGUUAAUAUCUUUUACUUAUCCUAUCAAAAACACGUAAUGCCAUGAUAUAUUUCUUCUGAUGGAAUUUUUCCAGAAAAUUCACUUGACCAUAGACUUUUAAAAGAAAUUUGAAUAAAAAUUAUCUUUAUUUAAUUAUUAAAUUAACAUUUAUUUAAUAACACUGCUGUGCAAACAUACCUGACAAACCGAUCCUCAAAAAAAACUCUACAAAAAUGAGACAAAGGGAGAUAAUUUGAUCAUGAACUUGUACAAAAAAAGUAAAUACGAUUUCUAUAUUUUUACUGUAGCUACAUGUAUCACUUUUUAUGGUAUCUGCAGAUCUAUAUAUUUAAUUGCUAUGUAUAUAAUAAAGACUAGUAUACUGUGUUAUUGCAUAUUGUGAAUUUCGUCCUCACCCAUUUUCUCAAUAAUUGACUACAGUUAAAGGGAGAAUUGUGAUUCAGUCAUUCAUUCAAAAUAAAAUAUAUAUAAUCAUUUAUUUAUUAUGAUGAAAUUAAACAGUGUGUCAGUUUCUUAAAUAUGUAUUUAAAAUAUCUGCAUACAUAAUUUAUUGUAUAUUUUUACUAACAUUUAAAAAUAAAUGUUCUAAUUGUCUUAUAUUUUUCUACACAUUUUUAAGCAUACUGUGUUAUUACAUUUAAAGCAUUGAUUCUUAGUCCUGAGUCAGUUUAUCUGAUGUAAUUUUAUCAUGUAUUUAAGAGUACUUUUCCACCAAGCGAAUGUGAAAGCAAACGAAUGGGUUCCAUUAAAAUUUGCUUUUGCUUGGUAGAAACAGGUUAUUGGGUAUUAAUAGAACCCAUUUGUUUGCAUUUGUGUUCGCGUGGUGGAAACUUAAUUAAAAGAUUUUUUACACCAGUAAUAGAGGGCGUAGGUUACCUGUAUGCAUGCUAAUACACAGCGAUAUAUAAUAUCAUAAUUGUUACUAUUUAUAUACACUGAUUAAAUCAUAUUUCAUAUUCUUAUUUAAUAUAUACAAUCAUGCAAUUGAUUUGUGCAAAUGUUUAUUGUGUCAGCAUUAUUCUUCGGGUGACAAAAGUUUAUUGACUUGAAUCUGUAUUGUGAAAAUAAAGAUAUCUGUCAUUUACUUAUGGCAUCUUCGUGGAACAGUCAUAACUCUUCAUCGGUUAUUUCACUUGUUUUGCUUCAUAGUUCAGGGUUAUCACAACUUGGAAAGUUUUUAUUUAACCAGCUUUAAAGAAAACUGGCAAAUCACAUAUUCUGCAACCCAUUUAAAUUUCACGAAGUAAAAAUAUUCAAAUCUCUAUUAUUAUUUUUUAAAUUUUGAAAUUGAGGAAUAUUAAUUGCCAGUGUUUCGUAAGUCAAAUUCACUAUAUUUUGGUCAGGUUUUAAGAUAUUGGCAUAAAAUUUGAACUUUUGUAAAAGAACUGCUGGAAACAAAUGUGAAUCAUUAAUUAUAUUGUUGGAAUCUGUUCCCUUUAUGAAUUAAAUUACUAAUCUUGUAUAUUAUCUUCACAGUUAAUUUAAAUUCUUUGUGUUUUAUGUUUUGUGGUUAAAAAUGUGUUUUAUUUUGUUACUGCAUCAGUUUAUUAGAACAAAAAAGAGAAGAUUUUAUUUGAUGUACAUCAGUGUAUUUGUAAAAAAGAUAUAAAUUUUUAUAGUACAUUUAUUGCAAAGUGAUAUACAAGCAUGUGCUCUGUUGACACCUUUCUUCCCCAAGUUUUCAAGUUAAUUGUAGAUGCUACUAUGGUUUUGGUUUUGGAUAUCGGUAUUUAAAUACAGAAAUGAAAACUUCCAUUAUGUUUACGUGCACAGUUUUACAAAAUGUAUUCUGAAAAUAAUUUCAUUAGUUUUUGUAAUGGCUGGAAACAAUAUUUUUCUUUGUGGCUUGUAAUAUAUGUUAACAAACUGAUAUUUUUAGAAAUUAAAUUAAUAUAAUAUGUAUGUAAUAAAUGUUAAAAAUACAAACAAAAUAUAACACAAAAUUCAGUGAAAUAACAAGUUAAUUACAUGGAUAUUCAAGGCUAACUUUGGUUAAACUUAAAAAAAAGAAAGAAAAAGAAACUUUCUGAUAAAAUAAUUAUUACAUGAAAUUUAUUUGCCAAAUUAAAAUAAAAUUUGCCAGUUGUUUUUAAAAUUUGCAGUUAGUGAACUUGGCAAGUGUCAGAGCUAGCCCUGAUUAUUACAUAUAUAUUUUAUGGUGCUAAGCGGUGAUUCCACUUCAUCGACACAGACAUGCACAUUUUAUGGAUCAUAAGAAAUUGGAACAUGUUCAAAUCAGUGACGAUGUACAAAAUGUGUCGACAACUGUGGUCCUGGAAGUACAUGCUCAGUGGAUAUACAUACUACCGUAAAUACAUUGAUCUGUUUAUAAAAUAUAAUUGACUGUGAGUAUAUCAAAUGAAUUGUAAUUUUGCUUGACAUAUGAAAGGCCUUGUGCAUGUAAAUGUAUUGUCUUUUUAGAUAGUAAUUAAGCAAUAAUAGCAACUUUAAUUAGUUGAGGUGUAUGUACAUCAGGGAAUAGUAAUAUCUUGGUAUUCAACAUGUAUGCACAUUAAAUGUUUUUUGUUUUUUUUGUGUAUUGUUUUUUUAAAGUCUAGAAUAUAAGUGGGAAGGCUCACAGACAGAUAUUUAGUGUCUGUCUUGUAAAUAUAAAAAUAUUAACAUACAUGUACGUACAAUUAAAUUCUGAAACAUUAUUUGGAAUACUAAUUUGUAAACAGGAUAUGUAUUAUAUAUUGCAUAUAAAUGUAUUCAGUAUGAGGUUAAUAUCUUGAGAGAAGUAAUUAAUUUUUUUCUAAGGGACUCAAUAUUACACCAUUAAUGUAUAUUGGAAUUCAAUGAUUGAAAUGUGGAUUAUGUUGAUGACGUAAUAUACAUGUAUAUGUAAGGCCCAGACCCUAGUUACAGCCUGUGAAAACGAACACUUAAGUUUAAUUAAUCUACAAAUGUGCAAUACAUUUGGAUAAGGUUAUAACAGAGAGAAGCUAAAGUCUGUGAUUUUGAAACGGGGCAAAUAUCAUUCGAAAAUAGACUAGAGUUUGUCUUGAUAAUGAUUACUUCUCAAGCAUUUUGAGGUUUUACCAAAAUCUGCAUUUUGGGGUAUUAAUACCAAAAUUUGGAUGACCAGAACCACUUCAGAUGUACGAAAAUUAAUAUUCUAAAUAAUACAAUGCAAGUACUUCAAAUUUAAAUUAUCAAAAACAGCCUUAAUAAUAAAAAAUAUGUUGUAGUGUUUGAAAACUAGGGUCUGUCACUUUAAUUGAUUGUGAUUACAAACAGACAUCAACAGAAUGUAGCUAAAGUAUGCUAACUGGUUCAAAGAUGACCAGUAAAGCUACAGCAAACCACAGAUUUUGACAAUUUGUACAUGUUGUGUAGUACACAGAUGAAAUUUGUAGAUAUUUUUUUAGUGUCCCAUUUAGAAAUUCCCACAUUUCUAACAACCUAUGUCAAAAAUAAAAUAAAUAAAAGUAAUAAAAACUCGCAAGACAAGGUGCUUUAAUCAUGAUUGGAGCGGUUUAUUUUUCUUUUUAUAUAUAUAAUAAAAGCAAUUGUACAUAA